AUGGAUGGCCUACGUGCUGCCGCGCCGCUGUGGGCGCAGGGCCAGCAAGCCGUCGUGACAGCGUCCAAGACGUCGCUGCCAUUCCCCAUCAUCGUCGCCUGCGCCUCGGCGGCGCUCUUCUCGACGCUGCUCUCGCUCUACUCGAUCAACGCACACCUGCGCGCCUACCGCAAGCCCGUGCUGCAGCGCAGCGUCGUGCGCCUGCUCGUCAUGGUGCCCAUCUACAGCCUCAGCAGCCUGGCGAGCAUCACGAGCCUGGAGGGUGCCUUCUUCAUCGACCUCGUGCGCGAUCUGUACGAGGCGUUUGUCAUCUACUGCUUCUUCGCGCUGCUCGUCGAGUACCUCGGAGGCGAGCGCAGCCUGCUCAUCCUCGCGCACGGCCGGCCGCCGACGAAGCACCCGUUCCCCUUCAAUUUUGUGCUGCGGCCCAUGGACGUCAGCGACCCCUACACGUUCCUGGCGCUCAAGCGUGGCAUCUUGCAAUACGUCCAGGUCAAGCCGGUGCUGGCCGUCGCGACGGUGCUGUUCAAGAGCUUCGACUGCUACGAGGAGGGCAGCUGGAGCUGGACCAAUGGCUACAGCUAUGUCAGCUUUGUGUACAACAUCAGCGUGUUCCUCUCGCUCUACUGCCUCGGCAUGUUCUGGGCCUGCCUGUCCGAGGACCUCGCUCCGUUCCGCGUGACGUCCAAGUUCCUCUGCAUCAAGGGCAUCAUCUUCUUCAGCUUCUGGCAGGGCCUUGCCAUCUCGAUCCUCGUCGCUGCAGGCCUCAUCAAGAACAUCGGACCCGUCGAUGAUCCGUCGCAGCUGCCCAUCGCCGUGCAGGACAUGCUCAUCUCGCUGGAGAUGCCGCUCUUCGCGAUCGGACACGCAUACGCCUUCUCGCCGCGCGACUACGUCGACCCCUUUGCGCACUAUGCCGCGCGUCUGCCGGCGCUCUACGCGCUUCGCGAUGCCACUGGCGGCUACGACGUGCUCGCCGACAGCGUCGGCACGCUGAGCGGCAAGGGCUACGGCUAUCAGAUGUUCGAGCCGAGCGAGGGCGUCGUGCACCAGGGCCUUGGACGCGUGCGGCGCAGCAGAGCGGGCCUGCGGUACACGCAGGGCGGCAAGGCCAAGUACUGGCUGCCACAGCGCAGCGCUGCCGACGGCUCGCGCGACGGGCCGCUCGGCACGCGCCACCGCGGCCCUGGCUCGAGCUUCCGGCAGUGGCUCGACCGCUACGUGAUGAGCCGCGAGGGCUACGCGCCGCUGCUCACGACCGAGGCGAACGAGGUCGUGCACACCGACAGCGACCCAGACUCCGACGUCGAGGCCAACGGCGGCGAGGCGUCGAUGCGCGACCGCCUCCGCCGUGCCGAUCCGCGCCUUGCCGCUGUGGCUGCAGUCGCCGGCGCCGAGCGUGCCUGGAACUACCUGCACCCUGACGACAUUGACGGCGACUCGUCGGGCCUGGAGUUUGACGAUCCCGACGAGGAGCAGGAGCAGAUCUUCGAGGCGUCGCGCAAGCUCAAGCACGGCGACUAUGCCUACCCGACCGUUGAUGUGGGCAUGGAGGAGGAGCGGCGCCGCGCACGCGACGAGGAUGACGACGCGAUCCGGCGGCACAAGCUCAAGAAGAAGCAGAAGAGCAAGGUUGGACGCGCGCGCGGCAGCCACGGCAAGGGCAAGAAGAAGCGUGCCAAUGCUACGGCCAGCACAUACGGUGCACUGGUCGAUGGCGAGGACAAUGUGGGGGACGAGACGAUAGACACGGAGCACGAUGGCGACGUGAGCCGGACGGAGGAGGAUGAGGACGCAGCGGCGAAGAAGAAGCAGAAGGAGGAGGAGGAAGAGCGCAAGCGGCUCGGCAUCGUCGACAUCCUGGUGGAGGACAAGGAGGCAGAGGAGAGGUGA